UCGGUUUACCGACACCGGAGAAGCGACCAUGCUGUGGAAACUAGUUGAGAAUGUCAAGUAUGAAGAUAUUUACGAGGACCGGCAUGACGGUGUCUCGAGCCACAGCUCGCGCCUGUCCCAGCUGGGCUCGCACGCGGGACCCUACUCCAGUGCGCCCCCGCUGUCUCACGCACCGACCUCGGACUUCCAGCCGCCCUACUUUCCGCCGCCGUACCAGCCGCUCGCUCACUACCAGAGCCAGGACCCGUACUCCCACGUCAGCGACCCGUACACCCUAAACUCGCUGCACCAGAGCCAGCAGAGCGCGUGGGGCGCGCGGCAGCGGCAGGACGCGGCGGUGGAGCGGAUGGAUAGCUCCGCGCUGCUGGCACAACCUCGGGCCUCGCUGUCUCAGCUGUCCGGGCUGGACCCGCGGAGGGACUACGGUGUGAGGCGGCCCGAUGUGCUGCUGCACCCGGGCCUGGACGGGAUGGGAGACGGUCUGCUGCACGGGCUGCACGGCAUGGAGGAUGUUCAGACUCUUGACGACACCAACGGAACGAACAUCCUUGAUCAAUCAGUAAUUAAGAAAGUUCCCAUGCCUCACAAGCACAUGGGCUCCCUGAUGCUCGGGAAGGACGGGCUGAUGGGAGGCAUCACCGUGAGCAUUAACGAGGUGUUCUGCUCGGUACCGGGCCGCCUGUCGCUGCUCAGCUCCACCUCCAAGUACAAAGUGACCGUCGGGGAGGUGCAGAGGAGACUGUCUCCGCCAGAGUGCCUGAACGCAUCCCUGUUGGGGGGCGUGUUGAGAAGAGCAAAGUCCAAAAACGGUGGGAGAUGUCUGAGAGAAAAACUGGAGAAGAUUGGACUGAAUUUACCUGCUGGAAGACGCAAAGCUGCCAAUGUCACAUUACUAACAUCUCUUGUAGAAGGUGAGGCGGUGCACCUUGCCCGGGAUUUCGGUUACCUCUGCGAGACGGAGUUUCCCACCAAAGCCGUGAGCGAGUACCUCAACCGGCAGCACGCUGACCCCAACGAGCUGCACACGCGGAAAAACAUGCUGCUGGCGACAAAACAGCUGUGUAAGGAGUUCUCAGACCUGCUGGCCCAGGACAGGACCCCCCUGGGAAACUCUCGGCCGAGCCCCAUCCUGGAGCCGGGCAUCCAGAGCUGCCUCUCCCACUUCUCCUUCAUCACGCACGGCUUCGGCUCGCCUGCCCUCUGCGCCGCGCUCACCACCCUGCAGAACUACCUCACCGAGGCCCUCAAAGGACUGGACAAGAUGUUCAUCAACAGCCCCCCCAACAACAACCGGCACGGGGACAACAAGGCCGACAAAGAGGAGAAGCAGCGGAAAUGAAGCGAGGCGGGGGAGACGAUGGGAGGCAGACACACAGACAGAGGCGAUACACUUCUAGCUUUACACCACUGCCACUGACAGGGCCGAAGAGGAAGAGGAGGAAGAGGAAGAGGAGACCUGUGGGCCAGUGUCAGAGAGCACAGAGGGAUGUUUCAUCUGUGUUACGUUCUUUUCAUUCCCCUGAGGACAUGAUGGUUACUGUGUUACAUCCA